GGGAGAUCCACAUGGUCAACUCCUCCCAGUACAGGCGACUGGUAAAGUCCACUCUGCUCCUGAUCCCCCUAUUCGGGGUGCACUACAUCAUAUGUGCUUUCCCACCCGAUCACGUCGUCCACGCUGUCAAGCUCUACCUUGAUCUCUGCAUCGGAUCAUUUCAGGGUUUCAUAGUGGGAGUCCUGUAUUGCUUUCUCAACCAAGAGGUGCAGUCUGAAGUGCAGCGAAGAUGGCUGAGACGCCACGUGGACAGUUACGGAGCUGUCCCAGUGGUGGCCAACAGCCAGAUGGACACCCCUUGUUGA